AUGUCAACCGAACCACCGACUACAACCACCAACAUGCUCUCCAUCAGCUCCAAAAAGACAGAGCGGAUCGUAUGGACACCGUAUCUUCGAGAAUACAUAUCAAAUGGGUACGCAGAACACCCAGACCUGUACACUGAUGAUUUUCGAGUAUUGGACGAGUUACGAAAUGAUUGUAUCUACAUGGAAACCAACCAGAAAGCCUUGAAUCGAUUGAUAAAGUAUUAUGCUCAACUUGUGUUUAUCAGUGCCAAGUUUCCCAUUGAUGUUGGCAUUGAGUUUCCUUGGUAUUUGACGUUUGGCGAAGGACAAAAACCAGUGUCGCAUCGAAACAUGAACUAUGAGAAAGCAUGUGUUCUUUAUUCAAUAGGUGCGGUUUAUAGUCAGCUGGGCAAUGCAGAAAAUAGAUCCACAACAGAAGGUAUCAAAAGAGCAUGCAACUACUUUCAACACGCCGCUGGUUGCUUUCAGUUAUUACUCGACACAGUGGUACCCGAGAUGCGCAUGGCACCUACCAUCGACAUGUCGCCCUACGCACUACAAACAUUGAUCAAUCUCAUGCUCGCCCAAGCACAAGAAUGUGUAUGGCAAAAGGCCGCCAUGGAUCAGCUACGUGAUGGCACCAUUGCACGUCUUGCCCUUAAAAUAGCCGAGUUUUACGACGCUGCCUGUGAACUGGCUUCCAACUCGAGCAUCAGCAACGUCUACCCCAAAUCCUGGCUGACCCACAUGCACAUCAAAGCACUUCAUUUCAACGCAGCAGCUCAAUUUCGAAAAUCAUGCGAAUGUAUAUCGCAGGACAAGUAUGGUGAAGAAGUUGCUCGUUUACAGCUAGCCUCUGAAUUUGUCAAGCGUGCCUUUGAGCUCAAAAACAACAAAUCCAUCGCACCCUCUGUCAUGAACGAUCUCAGGAGCUUGCAGCACAUUAUCAGCACCAAUUUAGCGCGUGCAGAAAAGGACAAUGAUGUGAUUUACCUCGAGCGUAUACCCUUACCGGCUGCAUUGCCUGCCAUCACCAAGACACAAAUGGUCAAGGCACAGGCGCCCACGGAGAUUGCGGAUCCUGUCUCCUUGAUGCAUGAUAAAGAUUUACCCCAUCCCGUGAUUGGAUUGCCCUUGUUCCAGAAGCUGGUUCCCUUUGCUGUACAUCAAGCAGCCAGUGUCUAUGUGGACCGCAAAGAGCGUUUGGUCAAGGAAGACAUUAUCCACAAACUAGAGGAACUCAACAGCGUAUACCACAGCUCGAUUGAAUCGUUGCAUUUACCCGCCUUGCUGGCAACUACAGAGACAUCCACUGGUCUGCCUGAAUCCAUCAUGCAACAAGCAGCUGAAGUUAGAAGUGGCGGCGGCUCUCAGGCACUCUACGACAUGUGGGAACAGGUGCAAAGAGCCUCUGCCAAAAAUGCUGAUAUACUGGAAGAUGCGUUUAAUGCGCUGGAUGAAGAACACGAAGCAGAUGAAGCACUCAGGUCCAGAUACACGACCGAAUGGCAACGUCCUGAAUCGCACAUUUUGACACAACAACUUGCCGCACAGGGCCAAAAGCACAGACAGACAUUGACGUCCGCACAAAAGGCAGACUUGAUUGUUCGCAACAAACUAGACACCUGGGCCAACAUCAUUGACGUUCUUUGCUUGACGCGUGAAGAACUCGAAAGCUCGAUCCCGUCCAGCGAAGGCAACUCCCCUUCGGACAGUUUGAUGCGCAUCAAGAAAUUGGUCGAGGACAUGAACGUUAACAUGCGAUUGAGAAAGGACCUCGUGGAUCAAGCGAGAAAGAUGUCCAACGCAGACGACAUCUCACCUGCUCUCUUGAAGAAGGCUGCUGAACUCACAGCCAAAUCACCCAUCAUCAAGAUUGAAGCGGCUCAAUUUGAGGACUUGUUUGUGGACGAACUCAGAAAAUAUGACACCUUCAUCAUGACAGUGGAUCAGCAGGAUGAACAGCAGAGCACGAUUUUGAGGCAAUUGAACGAGGCCUAUCAUCAGUACAAGGCGCGCGUGAAUGAUCAGUCCAGUGGCGCCAAGAGAGAAAAAGCGCUACAGAAUUUGAAUCAAGCUUAUUUCAAAUACAAGGAGAUCAAGACAAACUUGACAGAGGGACUCAAGUUUUAUGGAGACCACGCCAAAGGGCUGAAUACAUUCUGCGACACCUGUAGAGAUUACUGCUAUAGAAGACAAGCUGAAUCAGAGCAGCUUGUAAGGAAAUUAAGCCUUGGUAUGGGCAAUCUAUCACUCCAAGACCAAGAGAACCAUCCACAGCAACCACAGCAAAGCAACUGGUCUCGCUGGUAA